AUGCUGCUACCCGACGAUCUUAUUCGACACAUUGUCCAGUUCAUCCCUGUCAGCAUACAAGUACAACUAUAUCCGUCGUUGCGAGGGCAGAUCGAGCAAGAACAAGCGUCGGUGAUCAAACGAUUCAUUCAAACGCAUCGCGCGCGCAUCAUGCGUAUCAUGGAGAAGGAAACGGGAUCGACAAAAGUGUAUCGCACAGCGCCGUGUUUGUUUCGGGAUUACAUCGUCACUGAUAAAGACUUUGACGCAUUUUUCAAGCUCAAGCGCGUUCCAAUCGAAGUAUCUUGGACCAUCGACAUAGGUCGCGUGCUUGGAUGGCCGCCGAAGAAGAUUUAUCGACUGGUGAUGAAACAUCUUUCUGCAAGCGAUUGCGCUGAGUUGGGAUGGUAA